CCACACGCAGAGACAGCCCUCCCUUUCUCUCUCUCUCCCAAAAUUUCAAGGAAGAAUAUCUAAAACUCCUCCCAUCGAGAAAUUCGCUGAUAUUCGAUCAAUUUCUUCUCCGAUUGGGAAUGAGCUCCGAUUCGCCGGCGGCGGGGGAAGGCUGCGGCGACGCGGAGGCCGCGAGAAAGAACGUGCCGUCUCCGUCGUACGACAAGCAGAAGGAGAAGGCGCGCGUGAGCAGGACGUCGCUGAUCCUCUGGCACGCCCACCAGAACGAUGCCUCGGCCGUUCGGAAGCUGCUCGAGGAGGAUCCAUCACUGGUCCACGCCAGGGACUACGAUCGCCGCACCCCUCUCCACGUGACGUCGCUCCACGGCUGGAUCGAUGUCGCCAAGUGCUUGCUCGAGUUUGGCGCUGACGUCAACGCUCAGGAUCGCUGGAAGAACACGCCUUUGGCUGAUGCUGAAGGAGCCAAGAAGCAGAAAAUGAUCGAGCUAUUGAAGUCACACGGCGGUUUAUCUUACGGUCAAAAUGGAAGUCACUUUGAACCAAAGCCUGUUCCACCCCCUAUUCCAAAGAAAUGUGACUGGGAGAUUGACCCUUCUGAGCUGGACUUCUCUAAUGCCGUGAUGAUUGGAAAGGGUUCCUUUGGUGAGAUUGUAAAAGCCUAUUGGAGAGGGACACCAGUAGCCGUGAAACGUAUUCUUCCAUCUCUUUCAGAUGAUAGACUGGUGAUUCAGGACUUUAGGCAUGAGGUCGAUUUGCUAGUUAAGCUUCGCCAUCCAAAUAUAGUGCAAUUCUUAGGAGCCGUCACAGAAAGGAAGCCCCUCAUGUUAAUAAUUGAAUACUUACGUGGGGGAGAUCUUCACCAAUACCUCAAGGAAAAAGGUGGCCUUAGUCCAUCAACAGCUGUUAACUUUGCAUUGGACAUAGCGAGAGGAAUGACCUGCCUGCACAAUGAGCCCAAUGUAAUCAUUCACCGAGACCUCAAACCGAGGAACGUUCUUCUGGUUAAUUCUAGUGCGGACCACUUGAAAGUUGGAGACUUUGGACUUAGCAAGCUCAUCAAAGUUCAAAAUUCCCAUGAUGUGUACAAAAUGACCGGGGAAACCGGAAGCUACCGGUAUAUGGCUCCUGAAGUAUUCAAGCACAGGAAAUACGACAAGAAAGUCGACGUCUUCUCCUUUGCAAUGAUACUUUAUGAGAUGCUUGAAGGAGAACCGCCAUUAGCGAACCACGAGCCUUAUGAAGCGGCCAAACACGUAGCAGAUGGACACAGGCCUACGUUCCGAUCCAAGGGAUUCACUCCCGACCUGAGAGAGUUGAUAGUGAGGUGUUGGGACGCGGAUGUGAACGUGAGGCCGUCAUUCCUGGAGAUACUGAAGAGGCUCGAGAAGAUAAAGGAAACUCUACCAUCAGAUCAUCACUGGGGCUUAUUCACCUCUUAACACUCUCCCUUCCCACCAAAACCACGUAUGGUUUGUCUCUUUGUUUGUUUAAUGCCAAUCUGAAUUAUUACUACCCUCAUUUUGUUUGCCACUGAUACCUUUGUAAUGUAAUGAAGAUUCAUAGAUGGAUGGGUUUAUAUUUCUCUGAGUUGGUUGUAAUAUGGGUUUGGACUAA